AAAAUUCAACAAAAUGACAGACACAGGUUUUGAAUGCUCUCUUUGCAUGAAAUUAGCCAUCAAAGCUUAAAUAUGUGAAAAAUGUGGUUUUAUGUACUGCAAGUAAUGUCUCCGAGAAAUAUUUGGGAAAAGCUAUGAAUGUGUUUAAUGUCAAUCGAAAUAGUUUAGAUCUAUUAAGAAGUCUGCCUUGCAAGACGCUUACGAUGAAAUUCUCACUAAAUCCUAAAUAGUCCUAGCUAAAAAAGUUGAGUAGCCUCCCUAAAAGUAUGUCAAGCCAGUGAUAGUAGAAUAAGCAAUCCAGCAAUAAUUUUUACAAGGCAAUUGUAUAAACUUUGAGAUGUGCCACCAAAUUGUUAAUUAAUAAUUCAUAAAUGAAUAAGUAUGUAGUCUGGAAUGUCUAUAUUUCUCUAAAUUAUUUCCUUUCGUUGAAUAAUAAGAUUUUACAAGAAUUAGAAAAGAAAUUAUUAAUUUAGAAUAAUCUAUUAAAAAUAAAGAAGUAAAUCCAAUUUUUCCAAAGUUGCCUUUGUCUUUUGCAUUGAAUUAAACUGGGCUUUCUUACUUUAAUUUUGAUAAAUGCGGUCAAGGAAUCGUAAUUAAGCAAUCCAUCAUUACAUUACAAGAAGAAGAAUAUACUUUUAAAACUGUAACUUGUUCUGUAGGGUUUUAAAAAGGAAUUCAUUUUUGGAAAAUUAUUCCUAUGGCCAUGACCAAAAAUGAAAUGAAAAUUGGAGUUUCAACGUCUGACAAAUAUGAUCUCAAAACAGCUUUUUCUGAUUACAGUUUUGGAUAUGCCUAUUAUACUGUAGGCUAAUUUAGAAAUGGAAGCAAUUCGAAUGUGAUAAUUAUAUUUAAAUUAGGGUUUUGAGUAUGGAGUUAAAUUCAAAAAUACUGGCGAAGUCGGAAUACUACUUGAUAUGAAUAGAGGAGUUCUGGCAUUUUCAUACAAUGACAAUUUCUUGGGCAAAGCCAUCUCCUCAGAUUUACUUAAAAAAGGUCCUAUCUAUCCCUGUGUUGCCUUACUUCAUCAAGCUGGGUUUGAAUUUAAAUGUGGAAUACCAAUUCCGUAGAAUCUACUUGAAUAGUUUUAAAAAUGA